AUGUGGAUAUAUAUAACCGCCGAAAAGACUGCGGCGUGGCUCCGUGGUAAACUGCAUUUGGCAUUUUAUGUUAGAAUCCCAAGACCCGAUUACUAUGAACUAUAUACCUUCUUCUCGCUAUUACCUUCUCCCUUAUUUAUCAUUUCCUUUUUGCUUUGCUACUUCUCACAGCCCUAUAUUUCCCACCUUGUGCUCCAGAUCUACAACACCGAUACUGCCGACACUGCUGCUGAGGAGCUUCUGGGUUCUAACGACAGACAUCUAGGCACCAAUGACGGGAGUGCCCAGUCCGCUACCGCUACCAUUGCGACUACUAACGCCAUUAUCAUCACCAUCAUCGAGCAGCUGAUUGCUAAAGUCAUGGCAACAGAGCUCGAUCGCUCUACCAGCAGCACCAAUGCGACGACUGUUACUAAUGCUGCUGGUGGCGAUUGUGUUGCUCAGAAGUGUCCCUUUAUGAACCUCUGGGCAGUAUGUGGCCGCGCCUUGGCUGUCCUGGUUACGACUUCUGCAGCUGACUCCCAUGCGCACUAG